AAUAUUCCUUUUUCAUUUUUUUUUUUUUUAGCUUUUGGCUUUUCCUUCUCUGUACUAUAUACCCCAUUCAUUCUCUCUGGAAGUCUUUGCAAUCACAGCGAAGCUAAUUUCAAGGUAUCAAUUUCUACGCUCUUUAAACAAUUAUUUUUUUUUGGUGGGGUUUCUUUCAAUGGCACUUUCUUCAAUUUCGAAAUUAUUUUCCUUGUCAAUUUCCCACAAACCCCCAAAGUUCUCAACUUUGAAUUCACCCACUGCCACUGCCUCCUCUGCUGAGCAAUUCUACACUCACCUGCAGAGAAAUGGAACCAACAACAUAGAAAAAACCCUGUCCACAGUUAAUGUCCCAUUGGACCCCAAAUGUGUCACUGAUGUCUUACAUAGAUGUCAACCAAACCAAUCUCAAAUGGGUCUUAGGUUUUUCAUCUGGGCUGGCCUUCAAUCCAAUUAUAGGCACAGUUCAUUCAUGUAUAGCAAAGCUUGUGAAUUGCUUCAAAUCAAUCGAAACCCGGGUGUUGUUGUUGAUGUUGUUGAGGGUUAUAGGGUUGAUGGGGUUGUAGUUAGUCCUAAGGUGUUUAAGGUGGUUUUGAAUUUGUGUAGGGGAGGCAGGCUUGCUAAUGAGGCUUUGUGGGUAUUGAGGAAAAUGAAGGAAUUUGGUUUGCAGGCGGAUACUACGGCAUAUAAUGUGGUUAUAAGGUUGUUUUGUGAAAAGGGUGAUAUGGAUAUGGCUGAAGGGUUGAUGAAUGAGAUGGGUUUGAGUGAUCUUUAUCCCGAUAUGAUCACACAUGUCGCGAUGAUUAAAGGGUUUUGUAAUGUGGGUAGGUUAGAGGAUGCUUGUGGAUUGGUUAAGCUUAUGAGGGGCCAUGGGUGUGUUCCAAAUGCUGUGGUGUAUUCUACUCUUCUUGAUGGGGUUUGUAGGUUUGGGAGUAUGGAGAGGGCAUUGGAGUUGUUGGGUGAGAUGGAGGAAGAAGGUGGGGAUUGUAGUCCUAAUGUUGUUACAUAUACAUCUGUGAUCCAUAGUUUUUGUGAGAAAGGUCAGACAAUGGAGGCAUUGGAAAUUUUGAAUAGAAUGGAAGCUUUUGGGUGUGCUCCUAAUCGUGUUACGGUUAGUUGUUUGAUAAACCAUCUCUGUCUGGAGGGGUGUGUCGAAAAGGCUUAUAAGGUCAUUGAUAAAGUUGUUGCAGGAGGCAGUGUUUCAUAUGGUGAUUGCUAUAGCUCUCUAAUAGUGUCUUUGGUAAAAUUUCAAAAGCUUGAGGAGGCAGAGAAGCUCUUUAGGAAGAUGCUUGCUGGUGGGGUGAAACCUGAUAGUUUGGCAUGUAGCAUUUUGAUAAGAAAGCUUUGCUUGGAGGGAAGGGUGUUAGAUGGAUUUUGCUUAUCUGAUGAAAUUGAGAAGUUCGAGUUCAUUACUUCCAUUGAUUCUGAUCUUUAUUCUAUUCUUUUAGUUGGGCUUUGUCAACAAAGACAUUCAAUGGAGGCUGCAAAGCUUGCGAGGUUAAUGCUCAAGAAAGGAAUUAGAUUGAAAGCUUCUUAUUUUGACAGUAUAGUUGGACACCUGAAGAAAUUUGAAGAUGAGGAGCUAGUUAAGCACUUGAGUAAGAUUGGGAAAUAAAAUUCAGUCUGUCCUGGAGGAUCUUAUUAGUUGAUUUGAGCACUUCUGAGAUUACAGAGUUCUAAGUCUGUAAUUGUGAAGAAACAAGUUUGGAAUUUCAAGCAAAUGAAAGGCCUUGUCUUGUUUCGUCUGGUUGUGGAAUACGGAAUUCGGACGUGAGUGGAAGCAGUCAUCAACCAAUGGUUAACUGAGCUAAGGAUCACUUAGCUUCCAGAAGUUAUCUUAAAUUACCAAAUCCGCUAGGUUUGAUUGGCUUGUGGCAAAACCUUGUCUGAUGAGGUUGAUUGAGCUGACUGACAAUGGGAUGAGUAUUCACUUUUCUCGCUCCAAUUGAAAUCUUUGGAUAUUUCGGCUAACAAAAGUGCAGGCCCAGCUCUGGCAGACUUGCUUAAGCUACUGGAAAUAAGCAAUUCCCAAACAGACACUCAGUAUUCUGUGCUCUUGAACAGAUCUCUUUCACAAGAUUUAAUUUUUCAAUGGCAUUCCCAUGCAUUGCUUCAUCAAAGUAGGAGACAACGGAGAAUUUGUUGGUUUCAGGUUUUACAGAAACUUGUGGGCAUGGUUUGGAACUCAGUAAUGUUACCUGCUCUUUGAAACGGCCAUCAUCGAGCUGGAUUGCUAAUACAUUCAAAUCACCAAUAUAUCACUUUUACCUGCAUGGCUGCCUGACUGGUGACACAUUGGUGAUUUGAACAGCUGGAGGAAAAACAAAAAUCAAUAUAACACUAAUAGUGUAGAGCAUUUCCAUGAAGCUCGAAAGGGAAUAUUGUUUUGACUAUUUCUUGAGUAACAUUGUGAAUGUGGAGGAAACGAUCAGAUUAUGUAACAGUAAAUUGAUGAUCCAUUGCGUAGUGUCAAGAUGGAUAAUUUACUAUGGCUUGUCUAAAGCUUUGAAGCAAUUUGCAGGAGACAAUUCAAACCAUUGGCUACGAAAUUUGGGUCAUAGUCAAGGGCUAGCACAUGGUUCAGUUGUGCAAAACAUGAUUUUAGCAUGAUAAAAAAUGAAAAGCUUUACAUGGAGGACAGGAACCAAGUGUACCCUAUGUUUUUUAAGCCAUCAACGGUAGACUAAUUUACUUUGAUAACCAAGGAAGAAAAAGAACAUAGAAAUGGUCAAUGCAAGAGAGGAUGGAUGUCUAGUGCCUGUAUGUGCUCCAAUUAGCCUAUGGAACAUGAAAGCUGGAUGACUGGUGCCUGUCAAGACCAUCACCAUACAACCUAAUGACAAUGUUGAGGAUAUAGCAAAACAUUUAAAUUCAACUCUGGCAUCCCAUAAAGGUAGACUACGCCAUGAUCUCUUAACUGGAUCCCAUAGAAUGUAGGUUGAAGGUGUUGGCCCUUUAGCCACCAAUAUACCAUUAGUGCACCCCAGAUAGUAUUUCCAUGGAUACUGGGGUACUCUAUAUGGUGGCCAAGGGUCAGUCAAAUUGCAUUGUUGUUGAUCUCCUUUACUGGUAUUGGUGUCGGAGAUUUGAAGCCAAGGUAGCACUGCAUUUGGAUUGCAUUUCUUGGGUGCAGCUCUCCAUGACUUGUUCACACUCCCAAAGGGAUACAAUUUAAUCCAACAAUAAUAAAGGAAAGAGGAAAAAUGAAUCCAUCUAGAGAUACUUGAAUUAGAGACGUGACUAAUAAAAAAUCCAAGGGUCAAAGUUAUGAGGCAAGACUUUGUAAUUUAGCAAUAGUAGUGUAAGAGCAUUCACAUCAGACUCUUCAAAAUUUUAGUUAAACUAUCCCAAAAAAGUCUUUAUUUUUAUUUUUUAUUUUUUAUAGUUUAGUUAAUUGUGUUUUUUACGCACA